AUGCCGUUACCCAACCCCCUGCCGUUGCGCCGCUGGGGGAGGGCUCACAUGGACAUAGGGACACUGUACCGUCCUACCAACGACGUGGCGGGGAACACGUGGAACUGGCUGUACUUCAUCCCCCUCAUCAUCAUCGGCUCCUUCUUCAUGCUCAACCUGGUGCUGGGAGUCCUGUCUGGGGAGUUUGCGAAGGAGAGAGAGCGUGUAGAGAAGAGACAAGUGUUCCUGAAGCUCCGCAGACAGCAGCAGAUCGAGAGGGAGCUCACCGGAUACUUGGAGUGGAUCUGUAAAGCAGAGGAGGUUUUGCUGGAGGAGGAGGACGAAAUCGCGGAUGAAAAAUCUCCAAUGGACGGUUCGUGGCCACUCCCAGUGUUGAAACGUGGAAAAGUGAAGAAAGGCCGAGACCUGAUGGGAGCUGAGGAGGGGGACGACCAGUACACAGACAUCUCCUCCGUGGCUCCCCCGGGCUCGCCGUUCGGCCGCUCCAGUGUGAAGAGCGGGAAAAUGGACAGUCACACGUACUUCCGCCGCAAAGAGAAGAGGAUGCGCUUCUGCAUCCGCCGCAUGGUUAAGGCCCAGAGCUUCUACUGGGUGGUGCUGUGUGUGGUGGGACUCAACACCAUGUGUGUGGCCAUCGUGCACUACGACCAGCCGCCCUGGCUCACCACCGCACUGUACACGGCUGAGUUCGUCUUCCUCGGACUCUUCCUCAGCGAGAUGUCUCUGAAAAUGUACGGCCUCGGAGCGCGCAACUACUUCCACUCCUCCUUCAACUGCUUCGACUUUGGGGUGAUCGUGGGCAGUAUCUUUGAGGUCUUCUGGGACAUGAUCAAACCGGGAGCUUCUUUCGGCAUCAGUGUGCUGAGGGCCCUGCGUCUGCUCCGGAUAUUCAAAGUGACAAAGUACUGGAACUCUCUGAGGAACCUGGUGGUGUCUUUGCUGAACUCCAUGAAGUCCAUCAUCAGCUUGCUCUUCCUACUCUUCCUCUUCAUCGUGGUGUUCGCUCUGCUCGGCAUGCAGCUCUUCGGAGGACAUUUCAAGAUGGAGGACUCGGGGUUCGGCAGGUUCAACUUUGAGGACGAGACUCCCACCACCAACUUUGACACGUUCCCUGCAGCCAUCCUCACCGUGUUCCAGAUCCUGACCGGUGAAGACUGGAACGCCGUCAUGUAUCACGGGAUCGAGUCCCAGGGCGGAGUGCGGCGCGGCAUGUUCUCCUCAGUCUACUUCAUCGUCCUCACGCUGUUUGGAAACUACACUCUGCUGAACGUAUUCUUGGCCAUCGCUGUUGACAACCUCGCCAACGCCCAAGAGCUGACAAAGGACGAAGAGCAGCAAGAGGAGGCAGCCAAUAAGAAGCUGGCUCUGCAGAAGGCCAUGGAGGUGAAGGAGGUCAGCCCCAUAUCAGCGGCCAACAUCUCCAUCGCCGCUUUUGUAAAGCAAAACUGCGAACCACACUCGCGCAGGUGCUCCGUCAUCAGCAAUCAGUCUCUUAAGGACUCCCAGAGGACCUCCAAGUCCAUGUCCAUCUGGGAGCAGAGGACCAACCAGCUCCGCCGCCACAACAUGCGCACCAGCAGCGAAGCCCUGUUCAACGAGAUGGACUCCGAGGAACGCCGGCGUCUCUCGGCCAUCCACCUGCACCCGGACGCCGUGAAGAGCCACCUGGAGCGGCCCCUGGUGGUGGAGGGCAGGCGGGGCAGCUCGGAGGCGGGCAGAGAAGAGGCGGGCGAUCUGGCGACGGGCGAGGGCCAUCACAGGAAGCAUCAUCACCACAGGAACGGGGAGAGAUCCAAGCACCGCCAUCACCUUCACCACAACGGGUCUCCGGAGGACGAGGCCGAGGAGGUGCAGAGGAGGAGCAAAAGGAACCGAUCCACAAAAGAGGGCAACGGCGCCCUGGCGAACGGCUCCAGAGACGAGGAGCGCAAAGGCCGAAAGCUGAAGGCCCAGUCCACGAUGGAGGCAGAGAAGAACAGCAGCAACAACAGGGACACCGAGUCAGACGUGAUGGACCAGGACCCCCCUUCGAGCCCUGGGAACCCCCCUAACAGCAGCCCGAGCCUGGGAGAGAAGCAAGAGGACGAGGACAACCGCCGCAACUCCACCAGGGCCGGGAACGCCAUACAAAUCCCCGUGACCAUCACCGCGCCACCGGGAGAGACCACAGUCAUACCUAUGAACAACAUCGACCGUGACGCCUUCCAGUUCAGCGACGAGAAGAAGGAUCUGGAGGACGACGACGCGGCCAACGGACCCCGAGAGAUCCUGCCGUACAGCUCCAUGUUUGUGUUCGGGACCACCAACCCCGUGCGGAGGCUGUGUCACUACGUGGUCAAUCUGCGAUACUUCGAGAUGUGCAUUCUGCUGGUCAUCACCAUGAGCAGCAUCGCUCUGGCAGCAGAGGACCCGGUCCAGGCCAACGCUCCACGCAACAAUGUGCUUAAAUAUCUGGAUUACGUCUUCACCGGAGUCUUCACCUUCGAGAUGGUCAUCAAGAUGAUCGACCUGGGCCUGCUGCUGCAUCCUGGCUCCUAUUUCCGGGACUUGUGGAAUAUUCUGGACUUCAUCGUGGUCAGUGGAGCUCUGGUGGCCUUCGCCUGCUCGAGCCUCAUGGGAUCUCAGCAGAGCAUAGCCAGAGGGACCAAAGGCAAAGACAUAAACACCAUCAAGUCUCUGCGUGUGCUGCGGGUCCUGCGGCCGCUGAAGACCAUCAAACGCCUGCCCAAACUCAAGGCCGUGUUUGACUGUGUGGUGAACUCUCUGAAGAACGUCCUGAACAUAUUGAUCGUCUACAUCCUCUUCAUGUUCAUCUUCGCCGUCAUCGCGGUGCAGCUCUUCAAAGGGAAGUUCUUCUACUGCACCGAUGAAUCCAAAGGCCUGGAGAAGGACUGCAGGGGUCAGUUCCUGGACUACGACCGUGAGGACGUGGCCGCGCAGCCCAGAGAGUGGAAGAAGUACGAGUUCCACUACGACAACGUGCUCUGGGCCUUUCUCACGCUCUUCACCGUUUCCACCGGGGAAGGCUGGCCGCUGGUGCUGAAACACUCCAUGGAUGCCACGUACGAGGACCAGGGCCCCAGCCCCGGCUUCCGCAUGGAGACAUCCAUCUUCUACGUGGUCUACUUCGUGGUCUUCCCCUUCUUCUUCGUCAAUAUUUUCGUGGCUUUGAUCAUCAUCACGUUCCAGGAGCAAGGCGAUAAAGCCAUGUCCGACUGCAGUCUGGAGAAAAAUGAGAGAGCCUGCAUUGACUUCGCCAUCAACGCCAAACCCCUGACCAGAUACAUGCCGGACAACAAGCAGUCGUACCAGUACAAGCUGUGGAAGUUUGUGGUGUCCCCUCCGUUUGAGUACGCCAUCAUGACCCUGAUCGCCCUCAACACAGUGGUGCUCAUGAUGAAGUUCUACGGCGCUCCGGACUGGUACGAAUCCAUGCUGAAGUACCUGAACAUCAUCUUCACCUCGCUCUUCACCCUGGAGUGUAUCCUGAAGAUUAUCGCCUUCGGUCCCCUGAAUUACCUGACGGCUGCCUGGAACGUGUUUGACUUUGUGACUGUGCUGGGCUCCAUCACAGACAUCCUGGUCACCGAGGUCAAGGACAAGAUGAUCAACCUAAGUUUCCUCCGUCUGUUCCGGGCGGCGCGGCUCAUCAAGCUGCUGAGACAGGGGUACACCAUCCGCAUCCUGCUCUGGACCUUUGUGCAGUCUUUCAAGGCGCUGCCGUAUGUGUGCCUCCUCAUCGCCAUGCUCUUCUUUAUCUACGCCAUCAUCGGGAUGCAGGUUUUUGGUAACAUUGAGUUGAAUGAUGAGACUGCCAUCAACCAGCACAACAACUUCCAGACGUUUUUCCAGGCCUUGACGCUCCUCUUCAGGAGUGCUACUGGAGAGGCCUGGCAGGAGAUCAUGUUGGCCUGCCUCAGUAACCGGCCGUGUGACCACCUCUCCGGAACCACGGGGAAAGAGUGCGGCAGCGACUUUGGCUACUUCUACUUCGUCUCCUUCAUCUUCCUCUGCUCCUUCCUGAUGCUGAAUCUGUUUGUGGCCGUCAUCAUGGAUAACUUUGAGUAUUUGACCAGAGACGCCUCCAUCCUGGGCCCUCACCAUCUGGACGAGUUCAUCCGUGUGUGGGCAGAGUACGACCCCGGGGCCUGCGGGAGGAUUUGCUAUCGGGACAUGUACAAACUGUUACGCUUUAUCUCCCCGCCCCUGGGCCUGGGGAAGAAGUGCCCCAACAGAGUGGCCUAUAAGCGGUUGGUGAAGAUGAACAUGCCGAUCGGAGAGGACUACUCCGUGCACUUCACCUCCACCCUCAUGGCUCUGAUCCGCACCGCGCUGGGCAUCAAGCUGGCCUCAGGGGUCCUGGCCCAGCACCUGUGUGACGCCGAUCUGCGCAGAGAGAUCAGCAAAGUGUGGCCCAACCUGUCGCUGAAGAACGUGGACCUGCUUGUCACGCCGCACAAAUAUAAUGAGCUGACCGUGGGGAAAGUCUACGCUGCGCUCAUGAUUUAUGAUUACUACAAACAGAACAAGCUGAAGAAGCUACAGGCGCUACACCCCACGGGCCCCCAGUGUAAAUUGGGCGUGCUGUUCCGGUCGGUGCUGCCGUUCGCUCAUCUCCAGGACAUGGACUCUCGGCCCAGACAGCCCCCACGCUCCUCCCCCCCUCCCCCCGACCCAGAGCCCCCGAAGAAACCAGAGGAAGCAGCCCCAAUGCCCGCCUCUGUGCCCCCCUCUGUGCCCCCCUCCGUGUCCCCCUCUGUGCCCGUCUCUGCGGCCGCCACAAACACCACCACUGCUCCCAGCUUCACCACACGCACCGACAGAGACGUCCUACAACCUCAGAGAAGUGCCAUGAAACACUCCCAGUCCGGAGACGUGUGGGGAGGGGCACAGGAGCCCAGAGUCCGGAGGAGACUGCAGAGGGGCCAGUCUGAAGACGUGCCCUCGUGGACCAGACCUGAGGAGGUGGUGGAGCUGAAGCCUGAGGAGUCGGACUCCGAGGGGUACCCUGUGCUGGAGGGUCAGAGAGCUGCAUCUCUGCCCCGUCUCAACGCCGAGUACUACAGGAUUCCCCCUCGACACAGAACUGGGACCCAGCUGGCACCGAUCGUGGAUUUGAGCCCAGUGCGGCGCUCCUUCUCCUCCCUGACUCCGCAGCGCCCUCCGGAGGUCUCUCUGGGGGACUACGACCUGCAGCGGCUGGAGCAGGCUGAUCUCAGAGGCCAAGGCCAACACCACCAUCACCACCACCACCGCUGCCAGAGGAGGAAAGAGCGGGAGCGCAGGCAGAAAUCGCAGGACACGCCGGACACGCCCGGGUCUUUCCCAGAGGAGUCCCCUGAGGCGGAGUCGCGGGACAGGGCCCGUGAUCGAGAGCGCAGUCGUCCCAUGGAGAGGAGGCACCACUCCUCAGCGGGGGAGAAGCAGAGGUACUUCUCCUGCGAACGCUACGGCUCCAGAGAACCGCCUCACACCAGGUCUGCGGGCCCCAGCUGCACCACCUCACCAGGGGAGGGGCCCGACCCUUACCUCAGACAGCUCAGGCCAGAGACGCUUCCCCCCGCGCAGAGCUCCACGGGCCGCAGCAGACGCCAGCUCCCGCAGACGCCGCUCACACCUCGCCCGGGCGUGGCCUACAAGACUCCCUCCACCCUGCCCUCCACCGCGCUCACCUCCGCCCACCAGCCGCGCUCCAGCCGCGGACUGUCGGAGCAGCAGGAGCGCGCACCGCCGGAGCCUGAGCUGAGCCCGUCCCGUUCAGGAGACACAGACAGAGCCCCGAACAGGACCACGCCCACCUCCGCCUCCGGAGCGGUGCCAAACGGUUAUCACUUUACCCUCGGUGUGAACUCUGCGCCCAGUCCCAGCGGCAGAGGGACUGGGGCUCUCAGGGACAAAGAGGACAAGGACUGGUGCUGA